AUGGCUGGGGCGUGGUGUGGGCUCUAUGGGGGAGUGGUGUGCUUCUGGCUGCUGUACUGCCCCUUUGCUCUGGGGGAUCCUAGGGAGCUGGUCUGUGGCCAGAGAAGCUUGCAGUUCAUGCUGCAUCCUGGCCAGGCUGGGGUGGACUCCCUGGCACUGACUGCUUGGGAUGUGGCUGGGAAGCUGCAUGCUCUGCAGAAUGACUCCAGCUGUGGGAUCUGGGUCUCCCAGGCUGCAGAUGGCUCCAGGACAGUUGGUGCCUCCUAUGCUGGCUGUUAUGUCUCUGAAUGGGAUGGCGGUUACCUGAUGGUGGUUGGUGUUAAGGGGAUGGCUGCUGGUGAGCGCAGGGCCCUGCAUGAGGAGAAGGUGCUCAGGUGCCCCAGGAGCCUGCCAGCCCUGGAUGCUCCAAGCCCUGAUGUCUGUGCUGCCAUCCAGAGCCAGGAUAGGCUGCCCUGUGGCUCCCCACCCAUCACCCAGGGAGUCUGUGAAGAACAAGGCUGUUGUUACAACCCCAGUGAUAGGGUGAAGCCUUGUUACUAUGGCAACACAGUGACAGCGCAGUGCACUCCAGAUGGCCAUUUCUUCCUCGUGGUCUCUCGGGCUGUGACUCUGCCCCCCCUGAUCCUGGACUCGGUGCAUCUGGCCAAUGGGCACGGUGCUGGCUGUGUCCCUGUGGGGCAGAACAACGCCUUUGUCCUGUUCCGGUUCCCACUCUCUGCCUGUGGCACCACUUUCCAGAUGGUUGGAGACCAGGGUGUGUAUGAGACUGAGCUGGUGGCAGACAGGGAUGUGAACACCUGGACUCUGGGCUCCAUCACCAGGGAUAGCACCUUCAGGUUACACGUCCGCUGCAGCUACUCCAUCAGUGGGAACUUCCUCCCCUUGAGUGUCCAGGUCUUCACCCUGCCCCCGCCCCCUGCUGUGUCCCAGCCUGGCCCCCUGAUGCUGGAGCUGCGCAUUGCCACAGAGCAGAAUUACGGCUCCUACUACACAGACAGAGAUUACCCUGUGGUGAAGGUUCUGCAGGACCCCAUCUACGUGGAGGUCCGGAUCCUGCAGAGAACUGACCCAGAUCUGGUUCUGGUCCUGCACCACUGCUGGGCCACUCCCAGUGCCAACCCCCAGCAGCAACCGCAGUGGCCGAUCCUGGUGGAUGGGUGCCCAUAUGCAGGAGACAACUACCGCACCCAGCUGGUGCCUGUGGGAGCCGCCUCGGGGCUGCAGUUCCCAUCUCACCACCAGCGCUUCAUCGUCAGCACCUUCACGUUUGUGGAGUCUGCCUCCCAGCAGGCGCUCACAGGGCCGGUGUACCUGCACUGCAGUGCCUCCAUGUGCUGGCCCUCCAGGCUGGAGUCCUGCACCAUCUCCUGCCCUGCUGGAGCCAGGGGUAGAAGGAGCUCUGAGCAUCACCCAGAGACUGGCCUUUCCUCCAUCACCAGCAGGGGGCCUGUGUUUCUUCUCCAGGGUGGUGCAGAAAGAAAUGAUGCUGUGCAGAGCUUUCGACUGCCCAUGACUGCUGGAGCACCCAGGGUGCUAGCUGUUGCUGGUGUGGCACUUGUGGGAGCCUUGUUCAUGAUACUUGUCUCGGCAAUGUAGUGAGUACAAAGCAAUGCAGCCUGAAAUUACAUUGCAAUAAACACUUCAGACUUAUCUGCCAUUUCUGGGUCUUUCUGAUCAGU